UUUACUACUUUUUCAUUUUCUCUUUCUCUCCAAACAAACACACCUUCUCUCCCCAAACCGAAACUGUUUUCCUUUUAUUUUCUUUUUCCUUUUUUAUUUAUUAAUUUCUAUCCCAAAUCAGAAAGUUUUUUAAUUUUUCUUUCGAUCUAUCUGACAAUUUUCAAUUUCUUGUUUUUUUAUAGUUUUUGUUACAGUUUCUUAUACUUCAAUUUUUAUUGGUCAAUGUAGCUUCUUUAUCUUUCUUAGGGUUUUGAUUCAUUUUAAUUUUCUUUUCAAAAUCAAAGCCGCGUGAAUCUUUAUUUUAAAUAAAGAUCUCUUCUUUUUGGGCUUUCAAUAAAAAAGGUUUUGAUUUUUAUCAUCAAUUUUAUGAAUUGAUUGUCUUUCUGAAAGAAAAUUGGAAAAAGAAAAUCUUUGAAAGGGUCAGUUUGGCAAAUCUGUUAUUUUUUUGGGUGGUGGUGAUUGUUUGUGGUGGAUGGGGGAUUGAUUGGAGCACAAAUCUAAGUAAUUAUAUUGGGUAAAUUUGUUUAGGUUCUGGGUUGAGUUUUCUUGUUGACAAUGGAGAAAUCCAAGAUUGAAAAUAUUGUUGGUGGGAAGUUUAAGCUUGGGAGAAAGAUUGGGAGUGGAUCUUUUGGAGAGCUUUAUCUUGGUGUAAAUGUGCAAACUGGAGAAGAGGUUGCUGUUAAGCUGGAAUCUGUGAAGACUAAGCAUCCACAGCUUCACUAUGAGUCAAAGUUGUAUAUGCUUCUUCAAGGAGGAACUGGAAUUCCACAUCUCAAAUGGUUUGGGGUUGAGGCUGAGUACAACGUCAUGGUUAUUGAUCUUCUUGGACCGAGUUUGGAAGAUCUAUUUAAUUAUUGCAACAGGAAAUUUACAUUGAAAACUGUGUUGAUGCUUGCAGAUCAACUUAUUAACAGAGUUGAGUACAUGCACUCUAGAGGCUUCCUCCACCGUGAUAUUAAGCCUGACAAUUUUUUAAUGGGCCUAGGGCGCAAGGCAAAUCAGGUGUAUGUCAUUGAUUUUGGUCUCGCUAAAAAAUAUAGGGAUCUUCAGACUCACAAACACAUCCCAUACAGAGAAAACAAGAAUCUCACUGGCACGGCUCGCUAUGCAAGUGUUAAUACUCACCUGGGAGUUGAACAAAGCAGACGGGAUGAUUUGGAGUCUCUUGGUUAUGUUCUUAUGUACUUCCUAAGAGGAAGUCUUCCGUGGCAAGGAUUGAAGGCUGGUACGAAAAAGCAAAAAUAUGACAAGAUCAGUGAAAAGAAAGUUUCAACUCCCAUAGAGGUGCUUUGUAAAUCAUAUCCGUCUGAGUUUGUAUCAUACUUCCAUUAUUGUCGAUCACUGCGGUUUGAAGACAAGCCUGACUAUUCCUAUUUGAAGAGGCUUUUUCGCGAUUUAUUUAUUCGAGAAGGCUAUCAGUUUGACUAUGUUUUUGACUGGACGGUUUUGAAGUACCCUCAGAUUAGUUCCAGCUCAAGAGUAAGGCAUUCCAUUGGGAAACCAGGCAACCCAGGGCCAUCCGUUGAAAGACCUACAGAAAAAGUCUCAGUUGGGAAAGAGAUUCGAGAUAGAUUGUCAGGUGCAGUUGAAGCAUUCUCCACAAAAAAGAUUGCUGGUUCAAGUACUCAUGACAGUUUCAGAAACAAAUCUUCUGAUAUUCAACCUGAGCCCGAGAAAGGACGCAGCUCUUCUCGAUAUGGCAGCAACUCAAGAAAAGCCAUCAUCUCAAGUAGUAGGCCAAGUUCGUCUGGGGAACCCAGCGAAGGUCGUUCUAACAGACUAAUUUCAAGUAGUGGCCGUCUGACUUCUUCCCAAAGAACACAACCGGGUUAUGAGCCAAAAUCGUCUCUUACUACUCGUGCUGUGGCGUCUAAAGGAUCUCGUGAGGAUGCAUUUCGAAGCUUUGAGCUGCUGUCAAUCAGGAAGUGAGAGUUUGAUGUUAUUGAGGAGAUACAUGCUUAAGCAGGGUAUCACAUCACAUCACAUAGAUAAGUUUAUUUUUCCAUGUCAAGCAAAUAUCGCAAGUUUUUAAAUCUUGCCAUUUUAUAUGGAAAUCUCACUUGCUCACAAGCUUUAAGAACAUUAUUAUGCUGUGCCUUGUACCUUUCCUCUGUUUGCUCUAAAAUGUGUAUCCAUUGUUGUAACCUGAUUUCAAACAUUCAAGAAAAAAUCAUUGUACCGGACUUUUUGUUCGCUCAUCUCAUAUAAUGAUUGGACUUUGUUGUCA